UAUCUGUCAUUUAAUAUUUUGUCGUUUACCGGUGGUGAGCUUGGGAAUUUCAUUCUUUAGUUCAUUAUUAUACUGUUACAUGCUCACAAAGGCAGUGUUUUCAGUGAUUUUGAAGUCUAGAAUAACUAACUUCAAGCAAAUUACAGUUGCUGCCAUGUCUACAGAACCACUAAGCCUGGAAACUCUGAAGAAACUCCAUGAUGACUUCUAUUCAAACUCGAAGAAUGAACUGGCCCAGAACGUCUGCACCCGCUACGACCCGUUUGAGGUUGCCAUCAGCAGAAGAAGAGCGGAUAGUGCACUUCAUGUUUAUAACAUCAAGGUGGAGUCGGAAGGCAAGCCGGUGACGAACCAGGAGAACUCGGGCCGCUGCUGGCUGUUCGCGGCGCUGAACGUGAUGCGGCUGCCUUUCAUGAAGAAGAAUGCCAUCGAGGAGUUCGAGUUCUCGCAGAGUUACCUGUUCUUCUGGGACAAGAUCGAGCGGUCCCACUAUUGGCUAAACAACAUCGUUGCCACCGCCAAGGAAGGGGAAAAGCUGGACGGGAGGCUACUCAACUUCUUGCUCAAGGACCCCAUAAACGACGGCGGCCAAUGGGACAUGAUCGUGAACCUGGUGAACAAGUACGGCGUGGUACCCAAGAAGAUAUUCCCGGAGUCGUUCAGCUCGCGGCGCAGUCUUCACAUGAACGCGCUCAUCAAGACUAAGCUCCGUGAAUACGCCAAGGAGCUGCGGGACAUGGUGGCUGCGAAGGCUUCAGACGCGGACAUCCAGGGCACCAUCAACAAGCAGAUUGCAGUCAUAUACAACAUCGUUGCCACUUGCUUGGGUACUCCUCCGGAAAAGUUCACUUUCGAGUUCUACAACAAGGAGAAGGCCUACCAGUGCAUGGGCCCGCUGUCUCCCCAGGAGUUCUACAACAAGCAUGUCCGCCCGCUCUUCAACGUGGAUGAUAAGGUGUGUCUGGUGAACGACCCGCGGGAGUCGAACCCAUUCGGCAAGCUAUACACCCUGCACUGCCUGGGGAACGUGGUGGGGGGGCGACAGACCGCCUACAACAACCAGCCCAUCGAGACGCUCAUGAAGGUAGUGAAAGACAGCAUCCAAGGAGGCGAAGCGGUGUGGUUUGGUUGCGAAGUUUCCAAGCGGUUCGAGAGGAAGAACGGGCUAGAAGACUUGGACGCUCAAGACUAUCGGCUUGUCUUCAACACGGAGGUGCAGAUAGGCAUGAAGAAAGCGGAUCGUCUGUUGUAUGGAGACUCGUGCAUGACCCACGCUAUGGUGUUCACCGCUGUGGGCACUGAUGACAAAGGUAACCCGAAGCGUUUCCGCGUAGAGAACUCAUACAGCGACAAGGAGUAUGAUAAGGGGUACCUGCUGUUGACUGAGCCCUGGUUCCGGGAGUUCGUGUUCGAGGUGGUGGUUGACAAGAAGUACGUGCCUCAAGCGGUCCUGGAGGUCUUCAAACAGACGCCCGUGGUGCUCCCUGCGUGGGACCCUAUGGGUACCCUCGCCUGUCCCUGCUGCGACAAGGAAAACAGACAAUAGACAGUCUACGGUCACGAGCAUCAAUAUGCAUACACUUUGGUACCAUGUCACAUGAUGUUUUUGAUAAAUUGUACUGUAAGUCUCACUAAAUGUCAAAUAUGUUAGUGCGACAGAGUCCUAAAGUGGGUACAUUAUAUUGCUCAUGACUGUACCUACCUGUAUUGCGGGGUGUAUUGCUUCUUAUAACGUGAACAUAUACCCAUAUAAUAGUACGUAUUCUAGUACACACAAUCUCAUUUUAAGGCCGAAAAGGAAAGAGACAGGUAAUCGUCAGGCAUACAAUUUUAGACAAUUUUAGACAGCAAUCAUUUAACGAUUGAAUUCAAUUUUGUUUGACUGUCAAACUUUUACAGAUUUAACGUUAGGCGGUCGGUUUUUCUCGUGCCUUAUUUAAUAGAGUAGUAUCAGCAUCAGUAAAUUAUCCAUCUCGCUCACUCUUGUGCAUUAGAUAUUGUCGUCUCUGUCGAUUAAAGCGCUUAGAAUACGACGAUCGAGAAAACAGCUUCUACAAUCAACGGUGAGCUAGUGAGCGAAAGAGUGACUGAAGAACUAACUCUUGUAAAUCGCUCGCGUGUUAGUUACCCAUCGUUAUUACUCGAGUGCUAACUUCACAUAAACACCUUCCACAAAACGCACGAAGCUUAAAAGCAUCACCCCGCUAUACGAAGCAAAAUUCAUUCAAUUAAUUCUUUUUUUGAAUCGUUCGCCUUCCACUCGCGCGCGAAAAUGUAUACCUCUCUCAUCUUGCAAAUGACAAGUUCUCAUGUGCUACAUGAAACGGGCGCAUAUUUUCGAAUGUGAGAUGAUGGGGCUAUUCAAAAAGCCCCUAAGCAUAACAUCCCAUUUCGUUGCUAAUGUCGCGAACUGACGUAUCUGCAAUUUUUGACGAUGCCGAUUUACACCUUUUAAAAUUGUCAAUGAGACACAAAUUAGCAAAAAAUACAGAUACGUGAGUUAGCAAAGUCAGCCACGAUUUGUAGGGCAAACUAUUUUGUAUUAGGUAUAAUGACUACUGCAUAGGUACCGGUUUAUAGAUAUUAUUAUAUACGGUAAUUAUUUUAUUUCUACGUCAGGGUAUAAUGUGACUACUAGGGUAUCUUGAUAGUUAUUGCUUUUGACAGGGGGGUUAGAAUGGCCACAUCGCAGCAAUUCAUCUAAGAAAGCAAUAGUGCUAUUUGACAGUUGUUUGCAUUGCGCACUUACUUUUAUACGCGCAAAUGUCAAAUGGCAAUAUUGCUUUCUUAGAUGAAUUGCUUCGACGUGACCUUUUAAACCCACCUGUACAUAUUAAACGGGCCGACACAUCAGGAAAACAUUGAAUUUCAAACACAUUGAUUAUGUACGAAGAUUCGAGAAAGAUUCAAGCUAAGUAGCAAACGAUUAAUGACAAUAGACAGUGCAUAGUAAUAAAAAUGUAUAGGAUUGACCAUUGUAUAAGAAAACCAGGUAUGCUCAAAAGUGACAGCUAACAUUUCAAGGUUAGCCCAUCUGACGUCAUCCCACCAUGCGUUGCCAUUUCGUAAAAAAUAAAUUACCCAUGACCAGUGUUUUUAUUUUUAUAUUUACUUUGCAAGGAAAUUUUAAACUUUUAGUAAAAGAUUUUCUUACAGUUUUAAUUAUAUUUUUUUUUUAUAUAUGGUACAAGAAAUAGUAUUUAAAUACAUUAGUCAGUAAUUUGAUUAAUUUUAAAUAAUAAAAUUUACGUCCUUGGCAUGUUGGAGAUACCAAUUUAAUGGUAACACAGUGGUAACACUUACGUCAUCAAAGGGCUACCAAUGGCGGCUUGUCAUAGGAUUGAGCAUACCAGCGGGCUUAGCACCGUAAGCGCGUGACUCUUUCUCGCCUCGACAUACGUCACCCGUCACUCUCUCACAGUGUACUGCACAGAAAGAGACAGAUGAUCUCUGUCAUAGCGAGAAAGAAUCGCGUGCUUACGGUGCUAAGUCCGCUGGUCUUCUUAUCCCAUGGUAUUGACAUGUCACCGUAUGUCAAUCCCAUACAUUUUUAUCACUGUCACUGACGACUGUCAAAAUCGUUUACAGCUUGGCUAACCCGCUAGUUAUAAUUUAAUUUACGCCAUCUUGCAAAAGCGAAAGGAAUGCUAUAAAUAACACUAGAACGCAUUUACUACCCUGAUCUUCCUAUCCUAGCCCACUGUAACAACACUGAAAGGUUUGUUAGUAUACUUAAUUGUGUUCAUUUAGUUACCAACUCACCAAGUGCUAUAACUAGCAGUAAGACUAGAUAUAACCACACCCGGACAUCCCAUACAAAGAUCUUAUUCUUACCGUGCGCCUAAACCUAAAGCGUAGGUGCGAGUGAGACACACACACACACACGGACACUCCCCUUUACCCUUGGCUUAAAGCCAUGUAAGAUAAAAUAAGACCCAGAGGGGGUGAGGUCGGCGCCGGUACGAAUUGGUGCGGGGGAGAAACCGUUACUGUUCUAUACGUAGUAUUAAUUUUUAAUCUAUGAUAUAACGUUGAAUGAUGAAGUUAUUUUUAUAUUUACGUUUUUUUUUUGCCUAUAAUUAUUAAAAGUAAAUUAAAUGUUUGAAUUAACAGUUGUUGAAGUUCAAUCACAAUACUUAUCUUGUAGUCUGUUGGUGCAGUCAAAUUGUGGAUUAAUUUCCGUAUUGCAUUGUGUAUCAAUUAUUAUUAUGAAAAAAUAUAUUUAUACUUUCUGAA